CACGGCAACACGGUUCACGGCGUGUUUUGAAGCUAUGAAAAAUACACCUCUUCACUUGGACAAGAGAUAUUUUUGCGAGAUCUUCCUAAACCGGUGCAAUGGCCAGCAUGGGCAUGAUUCGACACUGGGUGUUGUUUCAUCAAAUGGUUCUGAAAGUUAAGGACAAUUCAGUAGAAUACUUGGUCGAGCAUUUUCUACUUGGGAUGUUGUUCUCAAUCCAAGAAGAGCUUGAGCAGCUACGUGAGUUUCUUGCAUCCAUCCUUCAAGAGGCGGACUCUGGCCAAGCCUGGGCCAUGUAUUAUGUGGCCCUAACGGCCGUUACCAGGGACGAUGCUGCUAGCGGGAUGAGAUGGAUGCAGAAAAGUCUAGAAUUGGCGCGUGCCAAGGAUCUCACUUAUCUCAUCAACCGAGCAGCUUCAGUUUUGGGAAACUGGUCUAGCCUCGGGGGCGUCUGCUCCAACUUCAGCGACCCCGAAAAGGCCGUUGCCUACUGCAUAAUCGCAAAGGAUGCUGCAAUCCGCAUGGACACGGAUGAAGCACGUUGGAGGGCUCUGUGGCGGCUUGGGCAUUGCCUUUGCGACUCUGGCGACUUCAAACGCGCCAACGAGGUCAAGAAGGAGCUACAUGAGAUGGCUAAAGCAGCUUCAGCAGUGGAGCAGCAGGUGGCUUUGGCGUACACGGAAUCGCUUUCGGGAAGUAUUGCGGGUAUGAUAGGCGAAGACGAUGCAUCCAAGAAACAUAACGGGGCAGUGAUACGGCUGCUCCAAGGGUUUCCAGCAGACUUAGAGGAGAGCGGUAGGAAUUUCUUACGUUUGGUUGAAAGGAUUUCAACAGAGGGUCUUAUGGCGUUCGAGGAUCUUAUUGCGUUCAGCAUGAAAAAGCCUUCUGUCCGGACUGUUAUGGACAUUCAAACCAUGCUCGGCCAAGCCAGGGGUCAGCUUGACAAUGAGCCCGAGGCACUUUUCCUCAAUCGCACGAGGGAAGAAGCAGAGGAAAAUGCUGCGGAGCAUCUGAUUUCGAAGGAGGUCCAACGUUCUCCGGCAAAAACAGCUAUGGCUCUGGUUUUUAUUGCAACACUGGCUCAUAUGCAUCGCAAUGAGCAUAGCUUUGAGAUCAUAGAGAGUUUGCUGGAAGAAGCCCAGAGGCUCGCACAGGAGUAUCCCAGCAUUCUCCUCAGGGUUCUCAAUGAGCAAGGCCGGAACUACGCAUGCGCAAAGGAUGAUGAUAAUCUCAACAAGGCCAUUUGCAAGUUCAAAGAAGCUGCUAGAAAGCAGAUGGAGCUGGACUUUGGAGGCUUCAGCUAUGGCCGAAUCGGUUACCUGGACGACAACAAACGAAGCUUCCGUAUGCUGCAAAGUCUUCUGAUGGGGGGCAACCGUAUGCGAGAAGCGCUCAUCUGGGCGGAACGAGAGAGAUGUAGAGAUCUCCUGUACAUCCUGAGGAACUCGGCGAGGAGUGAUGCUUUCCAGAGAGAGUUGGAAUUGGAAGAGUUCGACUGCAGUGAAGAGUCGGCAUGGGAGGAGAUCAAAGAAGUUGCUCGCUUAAGUGGGAGAGAUACAGCACUACUGGUGACUUCUCAUAUCUUCGCUCAACAGAUCCACACACACAUCCUUUACUGGGAUUCUCAUGAGAGCAAGUUACUUCACGAGUCCCAUGGCCUGCAGCUAACCAAGCCCAACAGCGUCCUUCAAAUGGUAGAGAAAGCUUUGACCACCAUGAAAAGUGUGUCCUGGCCUUGGAAUAUGAAAUUCUGGUACAAAGUCCUGAUAGAGCCAUUUGAGGAGUUCUUGAAGCUGACCAAACCCAAGAAGCUGGUUUUUAUCACUCACGAGGGGCUUUCUAUGUUACCAUUCGCUGCAAUUUAUAAAACGAACAACGAGCCCUUCCUGAUUCAACAGUAUGCAAUCUCUGUCUCUCCUUCCCUGCGGAUGCACAAGCAAUGUAUCCGUCAGCAGCAGCGGCAAGAAUCACAGAGAAGCGGAACACUAUCCGCUCUGGUUAUUGGAAAUCCAACACUUGACCUCCCACAUGCAGAAGAAGAAGCCGCAUACAUCACGCGCGAGCUGGCCAGUUCCUUUGCGCAUAGCGUGACUCGUCUCGAGAGACAAGAAGCCACGAAAGAAGCUGCUUUGAAACUGAUUCCGGAAAGUCAUUGGAUUCACAUUGCCAGCCACGCUGUCGUCAACCACGAAUACCCGAAUGGAGCUCUCAUUUUGGCAUGCAACAAUUCGCUUACAGGCGAGGAGAUCAAGGAACAAGCAGGGGCGGUGAAGGCCACGACGGUUGUUCUGAGCGCGUGCCAGACUGCCCUUGGGCGUGUAAAGUCUGAGGGAGUUUUGGGAUUCGCACGAACAUUCCAUAUGUUGGGAGUCCCAUCAGUCGUGGCAUCCUUGUGGAAAGUUGACGACAACUCCAGUAAAGUGUUCAUGCAGAAACUCUACGAGCACCUCAAGGUGUUGGACAUUGGAUUGGCAAUGCAGAAAGCAAUGGUGGAGAUGAUAGAGACCGAGGAUGAAUUUGGCCUUAAUGUUUUUAAGCCUGAUCAGUGGGCUCCUUUUGUUGUGUGUGGAAGCGAUCAAUCCCGUUGCAAUAAAUUUUAAGUGGAGGAUACCCCAA